AUGGCGGAAGCAACUGCUGAUGGGGCAAUGGCGUCUGGCCUGGGCUCCGAAGCGGCCUUCGCCGUGAUCAAUGAGGCGUGGUUCCAGAUUUUGGCCAACGGAAGUUGUGCAGACCUCUCUGCGGCCGGAUGUGGCACACCGGCCCUGUUGGAUCUGUUGACGGGGGUUGAGUUGUCCUCGGGUGUCCUUGGCGCCUACACGCCUGCGUUGCGACACACGGAUGUAUGCGAUGCCUAUGGCGGCAGUUUGAUGCUCCAGAAGGAGGAGUGGGAUCGGCUCAUGUUCGGCGUCCGCGAACUCUGGGGCCCCAGCCAAGUGCUGCGCAAGGCAGUGGUAGCUGUGGGCCGUGACAACCGGUCCCUGCUGGCACAUGUCGCUGACCUGGCAAAGGACGGGGACAGGUUUUGCCACGCCGCAGUGCUCAUGUUGUUGCAGGCCGCCGCCCAGCUCGACCGCAACGGUCCUCUGGCGCUGCUGAAACGGCUGCCAGAUGGGGAGGAAGUGGCCGCUAUGCCAGAGAUGAAGAAAUUGCUGAAUUUGAUGGACUCAAGCAGGUGUCGCCCUCGCUCCGUUGAAGGUUCCCACGGGGCCGGGAGUCCGGUGGCUCCAAAGCCCGCGACCGCAGAGACUGCGGAGGCGUGCAACGCGCCCGCGCCCGAGAUGGGGCAGGUCUUGUUCGAUGCGAAUCUCGCAGAGUUGCCAGAGAAGAUGGAUAGUGGAAGCCUGGUCACACCACAGGACGAGGCUGCCGUCUUGGCUGCCCUGCCGACGCCUCCAAUGAGGAAGAUCGGUAGCAAUAUCUCCAAGGGCCUGUUGGUGCAAUAUCAGGGCGAGGAGACCCCUGGCUCGGGCACAGCGAGGUGCUGCAUCUGCCUGGAAAGCUUCGCCAGUUCCCAGCUCUGGCACUGCGGACGCGAGGUCUGUGGCGACAAGGCUUUUUGCUCAGACUGUCUUCGACAACAUGCGGAGGCUGUCAUCGACAGCGGCCUCUAUGCAGCACCUGCAGUACGAUGUCCUGUAUGCAACCUCCGCUUAGCGACGGUGGCAUGGGCACCACUGCUUCAGGACGAAACCUUUGCCAAGUAUCACGAGAAUGCGCGAGCCUUGCUCACCUACCGCUGUGCGGCUUGCGACGAGACGGGAUCCUAUUUGAGGCCCGGCGAUGGUCCCCACGGGCUACCAGCGAAUGUUGGAAAGUAUCCCUUCACGAUGUUGGGCGUCGAGGCGCAAGAGCGAUUGUGGCGCGCAUGGCAGGAGUUCUUCUUGGCCGAGGUUCCGGCUGAGAACUUCCUGCAAGCCGUCUUGGACGAGUUUUCCUGCGGCCACCGCAGGGGUGGUGCCCCACCCAGUAGCAUGGGGAAGGUCUUAGGCUCCAGUGGUCAAGCGAAUUGGAUUGAAGACUUGGAGCGUCGUCUCGCCAUGCAGCUGGCCUGGAUGAACCGCUUCCCACGGCAACGCAUCGGGGCCCAGUUUUCGGACAACGCCUUCGGAACGCGAAAGGCUGUAGCUUGCGUAGCGCCAACUUUGCGAUCCCCGAUAUGGGAGAUCGCGUACUUCCUUGCACAUAAGCUGCAAGGAUGGCUGAAGAAGGAGCGCAAGACGCUCCUGGAGUGCACAGAAGCCGACGCGGAGCACAUCGCAGAUGCGCUCCGCCGCACCACGGCCACGGACCCGGAAAGCCUUAGGCACCUGCUGGACAGCCAGCUUUGGUGA